AUGUCACGUGACGGCGACGUCACCGGGCCCAUUCUCAACUCGGAACUAGCAGCUACCAUGAUGGCAGCCGGUGUGGAAGAACCUUUUCCUUUCCAUGGGUUGUUGCCCAAAAAAGAGACUGGGGCCGCGUCGUUCUUGACCCGGUAUCCGCAAUAUGACGGACGCGGGGUGCUGAUUGCGAUACUUGACACUGGGGUGGACCCUGGGGCUCCCGGCAUGCAGCAAACAACAGAUGGGAAGCCAAAGAUUAUAGAUAUUAUUGACACGACAGGAAGUGGAGACGUGAAUACCAGCACUGUUCUUGAACCAAAAGAUGGAGUAAUUGGAGGCCUUUCGGGAAGAACGUUAAAGAUCCCCACCAGCUGGAUAAACCCUUCUGGCAAAUAUCACAUUGGUAUAAAAAAUGGUUUCGACUUUUACCCUAAGGCAUUGAAAGAGCGUUUGCAGAAAGAGCGUAAAGAGAAGCUUUGGGAUCCUGUCCAUCGAGCUGUUCUAGCUGAAGCCUGCAAGAAUCAGGAAGAGUUUGAAGGGAGUUCUAAUGCUCAAGCCCAGGCAGGAAAGCUAAUAAAAGAAGAUCUGCAGAACCAAGUGGAAAUGUUAAACUCCUUUGAAAAAAAAUAUUGUGAUCCUGGUCCUGUGUAUGACUGUUUGGUAUGGCAUGAUGGUGAAACCUGGAGGGUCUGUAUGGACACAAGUGAAUGCGGAAAUUUAGAAGCUUGUAGUGUUUUGGGGAGCUACAGAGAAACACAAGAAUUUGGAUCCUUUGGUGCAUCAGAAAUGCUGAAUUAUUCAGUGAAUAUUUAUGACGAUGGCAACCUACUUUCAGUUGUGACUAGUGGAGGUGCUCACGGUACACAUGUUGCCAGCAUUGCUGCAGGCUAUUUCCCUGAUGAACCCGAGAGAAAUGGAGUAGCUCCUGGAGCGCAGAUUCUGGCCAUAAAAAUUGGUGACACUAGGCUAAGUACAAUGGAGACCGGCACAGGACUCAUUAGAGCGAUGAUUGAAAUAAUAAAAUACAAGUGUGAUCUUAUCAAUUAUAGCUAUGGUGAAGCAACACACUGGCCUAACUCUGGGAGAAUAUGUGAAGCAAUUAAUGAAGCUGUGUGGAAGCACAACAUCAUAUAUGUUUCAAGUGCUGGAAACAAUGGUCCGUGCCUUACUACCGUAGGCUGCCCAGGUGGAACUACUUCAAGUGUGAUAGGUGUGGGCGCCUAUGUUUCACCAGAUAUGAUGGUGGCAGAGUACUCCCUUAGAGAGAAAUUGCCUGCUAAUCAGUACACUUGGUCCUCCAGAGGUCCUACUACUGAUGGAGCCCUAGGAGUCAGCAUAAGUGCCCCAGGAGGAGCUAUUGCUUCUGUCCCAAAUUGGACUCUAAGGGGAACACAGCUUAUGAAUGGAACAUCAAUGUCUUCUCCUAAUGCUUGUGGAGGCAUUGCUCUAGUAUUAUCAGGUCUUAAAGAUAAUGGCAUACCGUACACUGUAAAUUCAGUGAGGAGAGCACUGGAAAAUACUGCUAUGAAGGCUGAAAACAUUGAAGUGUUUGCCCAAGGACAUGGGAUUAUUCAGGUUGACAAAGCAUAUGACUACCUCAUACAGAAUUCAUCAGCACUGCUUAGUAAGAUUGGAUUUACAGUUACAGUUGGGAACAGCCGUGGAAUCUACCUCAGGGAUCCUGUCCAGGUUUCUGCACCUUCUGAUCAUGGUGUGGGCAUUGAGCCAGUGUUUCCAGAAAGUACAGAAAACUCUGAACGAAUAUCGCUACAACUUCAUUUAGCCCUGACGUCGAAUGCAUCCUGGAUUCAGUAUCCUAGCCAUUUAGAAUUGAUGAAUCAGUGCAGACACAUUAAUGUGCGUGUAGAUCCACGUGGCCUACGAGAAGGAGCUCAUUAUACUGAGAUUUGUGGUUAUGAUGUAUCUGCACCAAAUUCUAGACCCUUGUUUAGAGUACCUAUUACAGUCAUCAUUCCCACACUGCUGAGAGAUGAUGCAGCCUAUGAUGUGGAGUGCAAAGAUGUGCAUUUUAAGCCUGGCCAGAUUCAGAGGCACUUCAUUGAAGUUCCUCUGGGUGCCACAUGGGCGGAGGUCACAGUCUCUUCUCGUUCUUCGGAUGUGUCCUCCAAGUUUGUUUUGCAUGCAGUUCAACUAGUGAAACAGAAGGCAUACAGGAGCCAUGAAUUCUACAAAUUUUCUUCUUUGCCAGAAAAAGGUUCUGUAACUGAAGCAUUUCCAGUGCUGAGCGGCAAAACCAUCGAAUUUUGCAUUGCACGUUGGUGGGCUAGUCUUAGUGAUGUUAACAUCGAUUAUUCCAUCUCAUUUCAUGGAAUUUCCUGUGGAAUGCCUCAACUAAACAUCCAUGCAUCAGAAGGGAUUUCUAGGUUUGAUCUGCUUUCUACAUUAAGAUACGAAGAUCUGUCUCCAAGUAUUAGUUUGAAAAGCUGGGUGCAAACCUUACGACCUAUCAGUGCCAAAACCAGACCAUUAGGAUCCCGUGAUAUAUUGCCAAAUAAUCGGCAGUUAUAUGAGAUCGUUUUAACCUACAACUUUCACCAGCCUAAAAGUGGAGAAGUGACGCCAAGUUGCCCUUUACUGAGUGAUUUGUUGUAUGAAUCUGAAUUUGACAGCCAGCUGUGGAUGAUCUAUGAUCAGAACAAAAGACAGAUGGGUUCAGGCGAUGCUUACCCUCAUCAGUAUUCAGUGAAACUGGAGAAGGGGGAUUAUACAAUCCGAAUGCAAGUUCGUCAUGAGCAAAUAAGCGAAUUAGAGCGCCUGAAGGACCUGCCAUUCGUGGUUUCUCACAGAAUGUCCAAUACUUUAAGUCUAGAUAUAUACGAAACCCACAGCAUGGCCCUCUUGGGAAAGAAAAAGGCAAAUAGUCUGACGUUACCGCCAAAACAUAGUCAGCCAUUCUUUGUUACAAUGCUGCCUGAUGACAAAAUACCUAAAGGUGCUGGGCCAGGUUGUUACCUUGCUGGUACUCUGACAUUAGCCAAAACGGAACUUGGCAAGAAAGCUGGCCAGUCUGCAGCAAAGCGACAAGGAAAGUUUAAAAAGGAUGUGAUUCCGGUUCAUUAUCACUUGAUUCCCCCUUCAUCAAAACCAAAGAAUGGGACCAAGGAAAAAGAAAAGGAGGCUGAGAAAGAUGCUAAGGAGGAGUAUGCCGAAGCUCUUAGAGACCUAAAGAUUCAAUGGAUGUCAAAGCUUGAAAGCAAUGACAUCUUUACUGAGUUAAAAGAGGCCCAUCCAAAUCAUCUUCCUCUGUAUGUAGCAAGACUGCAUCAGUUGGAUUCUGAAAAGGAUCGGAUAAAAAGAAUACACGAAAUCCUUGAAGCGUCUAAUGAUGUUCUUUCGCGCAUUGACCAAACUGCUCUUGCUGUUUUUCUUGCAAUGAAGACUGAUCCAAGACCUGAUGCAGCCGCAAUAAAAAAUGACAUGGACAAGCAGAAAAGUACCUUGAUUGAUGCUCUCUGUCGGAAAGGAUGUGCCCUCGCUGAUAAAUUGAUUCAUCUUCAGUCAGAAGAAGGAGCUGCUUCAAGUGACACAGAAAAGAAGGAAGAGGAUCAAGAAGCCAUUUCAGAUGCCUUAAAUGAGACGUACUGGGAAGUGGUCAAAUGGGCUGACCUCAAUGAUUCAAAGGUUCUUCCAUUCGUCUAUAAGCAUGCCUUAGCAAGCAAACUAUAUGGUCGUGGCAUUAAAUUUGCAACAAAACUUGUUGAAGAGAAACCUACAAAAGAAAACUGGAAAAACUGUAUCCAGAUGAUGAAAUAUCUUGGAUGGAGCCACAGUGCAGCAUUUACAGAAAACUGGAUGCCAGUCAUGUAUCCUCCUGAUUAUUCUGUUUUCUAAAACAAUCCUUUUUUUUACCAAGGAUCUUCUAACAAGACUGUAUGUUUUUAUUUUAUGUUUUCAAAAGCAUGUUUCCAUCAUUGAAUGGCAAUUAUUAAACGGUGUAUUUAUCAGCAAGUGCGCAAUGUGAAACAUUGUGUGUUUCGAAAUGGGAUUUUUGCAUGUCUAGGUGGUUAUUUUUACGUGACCCUUGUAAAAGAUCUGGAUUUUACAGUAAACAAAACUUUUAAGAUUCAAUGUUGCCAUGAUUAUAUAGGCCUUAAAUGUUCAAAAUGAUGAUUACAUUUACAUUUUAUUUAUUCGACAAAAAAGUUUUUACAUUCUAAAGCAAAUAUCAUCUCUCCAAACAUUGCUGAAAAAAAAAAAAAUAGGAUUUUUUUUUACACUGCGGGGAAGCUCUUCAUUUAACAGUAUAUGCUUUUACAGACCUUUAACUUUUUUAUGAAGUCUGACAUACAGAUUUAUUGAGGCAAAACCAAUGUUUUAUUUGCAAAAUAAACUUUACACAAUACAUUGUAAAGUGAUACAUGUGUGUUUAUCAAACUAUAAUAAUGUAAGAUAAAACAGUGCACAGAACAAAGAUGUAACACACACUGCUAUUUUAAGAUUUUUUUUACAACAAUAAAAUACGCAAUCUCACAGUUA